AGCCCGGACUGCGUUGCACGUUCCACGAUGUCUCUCGAGUAUCACAAUAAUGAUCCGGGAGCCGUUGAAUUUGGGAAUUUCAUUAAUUAUUAUCAAUUCAACACACCAGAAGAACGUCUUGCUGUGUUCCCAUCACGUGUAUGGAGCAACUGGCAGAGUACAGACGGGAAGUUACUGGUUCUAGACAUUGGUUGCAAUGCUGGAAAUUUCACUCAGCUUUUCUACAAAUUCAUCAGAGAACACUCCAAGAGGGAUGUAUUUAUUCUGGGCAUUGAUAUAGAUCCUGUGUUGAUUGAGCGUGCCCAGGAAGAUAAUGCUCAUCCCAGCAACAUAAAGUAUUUGAAUUUAGAUUUUAUGAAAGACACCAAAUGUAUUGGUGAAUAUCUUUCAUGCCAUUCCCGGACAAAUUUUGAUGUAGUUUUGUGCCUUUCUAUCACAAUGUGGAUUCACCUGAAUCAUGGAGAUGAGGGGCUUAAGAUGUUCCUAAAACGUGCAUCUACCCUCUCGGAUUUAGUAGUUAUUGAGCCACAGCCGUGGAAGUGCUAUAGGACAGCUGUAAGGAGGAUGACCAAGGCAAAGAAGCAUUUCCCUCAAUUUCCCAAAUUGGAAUUAUGCGAUGGAGUUGAUGUGGCUAUAAGUGAAUUCCUGGAGAAUGAAUGCCAAGUUGGGAAAAUCUACGAAUCAGCCGAAACGAAAUGGAAGAGAAGGAUUAAUAUUUACAGAAAAGUGGUGGUCUGAUGCUUCAUCGUGGAAGGAAGGAAAACAACCGAUAAAUCAAUCUUAAGAUUUAUUUUAUAAGAGAAAUUCAGGAAGUUCAUUUCAUCCUGCAACUUCCUCGUGUCCUGCCUCAAAUUCCAACUUUACAUGUGUCGCCAAUUCCUCAACAUCAACUUCCGAUUCCUGGGUGUUCAGCCUGUUGAGGGUCAUCAUUACUUCAGCGGAUUUGCCCAUGAGUCCAGGUUGUUCUUCGGACUUCACAAUAACUUGCUGUGUGGGUAUUUGUUGCUGCACUUGCUGCUGAACGGGUAUCACGGGAAUUCCUGCCUCCUCGAAGGCCUUCUUCUUCAGAGUCUGUCUAAUUUGGGAUCUAGAAAAGAACAAGUGAAAUGGCUUCCAAUUCAAUCCUCAGAAGAAAUACAAACAGAGAGAUGAAGAACUUACACGGUGCGAUUUUUAAUGCGGAGACUAAUCUUAUUUAAAUCCUCACUAAAGUGCGUUAUUGCCGAUCGAAGCAUUUCGAUUUCUUCAUCUGUCCAUUUGCUUCUACCAAAAGGAUGAAAUAAAUUAAGAAUUAUUCUAUAAGUAGUAGAAGGACGUGGUCUACUGAGGGGAAUUCUGUAACAGUAUGACAAAUUUACGUGGUAAAAUUCGGAACCUGGGGUUGGAUUCAGCAGACCUUUGAGAAUAUCACUGAGAAUCUCCCAUGAGAAAAAAGUCACAAAAGCUUUCGAACACGCCAUUCAGCAGCAAAAUUAGAACCCUGUGAGAAUCACAGAUCACAGUGUAUUUUGAGUGUCCAGUGAGAAAUUUGUCACAGAGCUUUCGGAAAUGAGAUUCAGCUGCAUAGUGAGAACCUUGUGAGAAUCUCAAAAGUGAGAAAAGUGCCACUGAAAUGAGUUCCCGUGAGAAUGAAAGAUGAGGAAAUUAAACAAAAUAAUUGAUUUUCUUUUAUCAAAUAUCACUUUUAAUUCAUAUUUAUUUAUUAUUAUUUUUAUUAUAACUUUAUUUAAUCACAAGAAUAGGGUCAUCCCUUUUACAAUUGUGAUAAUUAAAAAAAAAAAUCAGAAAAAGAGGAACAUAAAAAAUAGAGAAUGACAAGAAUUCAGAAUUAAGAGUGUUCAAGAAACAAAUUAAUUGCUUCUAGGAUCCAGCCUGAAGAUAGAAAUUACGACUAGCAGCCGCAGAAAUACGGCAAUCACUCGGAAGAGAAUUAAACAGAAUGACGCCUUUUACAAAAAGCGACCGAUAGAGGCAGUCAUCUUGAACUUUAAGGUAUCUACACAUUGGGAGCAAUUUUCGUCAAAAAUAGCUUUUUUUUUUUU